CAUCGAUAACUAGAAUUACUAUUGAUAUUCUAGUUAUACACAAAUAAAUUCUCUUCGAAAAUGUCGUACUAUGACAUUGAUGCUAUCUUGACGGAUUCCCAAAAACUACCGUGCACAUUUGAAUUGGACGUACCUGGUCUUGGUAUUUUGGAGGGGAAUCCGGGGGAAAAUAUCAAAGCUGGAACGCGCAUUGAUUUGCCGUUAUGGCUGGGUGAGAUGCUUUCUAUUGGUGCCCGACUGGGAACCUCUCGACUGGUCACGCUGGAUCUCCCCUCAGCACUCUCAGAACGAGUUAUGAAUGCCUUGAAAGCUGAUCCUCGGACGGUGGAUCUGCGGUCAUUGGCGCCGCAUUUUUAUAGUCUGAGCGAGAGGAUUCUGGAGCUGUUUGAGGAAGAGGAAUUGGUGGAGGUUUUGAGUAAUACGUUCAAGAAGCGCUCAGCAGUCAUUGCGGACCAUGCGCAUAAUCCGCAGGGUGCUUUAGGGCAGGGAGCGGAUUUCUUGCGAGGAUUGGAUGAGACAGAGAGGCAGCUUUUCCGGGUUGCGCAUGAUAGUGCUAAGGAGACGCGGGUCUGGGCUGGAGAGGCGAAAAAGAAAUGAUGGUAAUGGGUUACUGGUUUAGGUGGAGCGUAUGGAUUGUUGAAAGGUUGAGCUGUGCUCGCCGUUAUGAACAUAAACUUUAACAGAAGAAUAAUUAUGAAGUAUCAAAA